GGAGCAAACAAGGAGCUGACUCGAACUUGUGGAGCACAGAGUCUGAGCUUUUUUUCCACUUUGACACCAGAGACAGAGAGGACAGCUGCUGUUGGAGAUGCCUGGACUGUCACUGCAGGAACAGCAUCCCUGCAAUCUGGGAACUUUUCUCGGUCCUGAGAGCCUGAGAGUUACUGGGAAAGUUUGAACAGAUAUCGGAGGAUUUCUGCCUCACUUUGGAGUUUGGCGUACUCAGAGAGGAUCAGCUGUUGGAUAAAAGCCAUAUUAACAACCAGACUCCAGGAUGAAGACUCACCUCCUCUGCUUGGAGUUCCUGCUCUUGGCCGCUCUCGUCCUUGUGACCAGCGGGCAGCUGGAGCCAAAGAAACAAUCCCCGCAGGACCUCCUCGCUGUUACGCAGAGACUCGGGCUCCUGGAGAGAGACGUGCAGGGUCCAGUGAGGCCGAACUUCACAAAGCCUCGACGCCGGCUGCCUCCCAUGUGCACCGGGCCCACGGAGAUCAGAGACACCUUCAAGUACAUCAACACGGUGGUGUCCUGUUUGGUGUUUGUCGUGGGUAUUAUCGGAAACUCCACUCUGCUGAGAAUCAUCUAUAAGAAUAAGUGCAUGCGGAACGGGCCGAACAUCCUGAUCGGCAGCCUGGCGCUCGGAGACCUGCUGCACAUCAUCAUCGGCAUUCCCAUCAAUGUUUACAAGCUCCUGGCGGAGGACUGGCCUUUCGGAGUGACUCUGUGUAAGAUGGUGCCGUUUGUCCAGAAGGCCUCGGUGGGGAUCACAGUGCUGAGUCUGUGCGCUUUGAGUAUUGACAGGUAUCGUGCCGUGGCUUCGUGGAGCCGAAUCAAAGGGAUCGGCGUCCCAAAGUGGAUGGCCAUCGAGAUCGCGCUCAUCUGGAUAAUAUCCAUCAUUCUGGCCGUUCCAGAGGCCGUAGCCUUCGACAUGAUCACCAUGGACUACAAAGGAGAGCAACUGAGGAUCUGUUUGCUGCACCCCAUGCAGAAAGGCGACUUCAUGAAGUUUUAUAAAUCAGCCAAGGACUGGUGGCUGUUCAGUGCAUAUUUCUGCCUGCCGCUGGUGUGCACGGCUAUUUUCUACACCCUGAUGACCUGUGAGAUGCUGAGGAAGAAGAACGGAGUCCAGAUCGCUCUCAGUGACCACCUCAAACAGCGGAGGGAGGUGGCUAAGACCGUGUUCUGUCUGGUUCUGGUCUUCGCUCUGUGCUGGCUGCCUCUCCACCUCAGCCGAAUCCUGAAGCUCACCAUCUAUGAUGAGAAAGAUCCAAACCGCUGCGAGCUGCUCAGUUUCUUUUUGGUGUUGGACUACAUCGGCAUCAACAUGGCUUCUGUCAACUCCUGCAUCAACCCAAUCGCCCUCUACAUGGUCAGCAAGCGCUUCAAGAACUGCUUCAGGUCCUGCCUGUGCUGCUGGUGCCUGCCGGCUGAGAUGCUGAUGGAUGAGAAGCAGUCGUGCAUGAAGCUGAAAGUCACAGAACGAGCCUCCGACCAGAGCAACUCCCGCAUGACCAACAAGUCCACCACAGCCUGAGGAGGGGCGUAGAGGUGAGAGAGGAGGUGAUAUGAUGACAAAAAAAAAGCUAAAUAUUGAAGUAUGGAUGACUGACGGAGGAUAAGUGCUCUUUCUUGCCUUAUCUCAACAUCAUAUGAAGUCUUCUUUAACGUGUAACAGAUGUGCUUUUGGAAAUCAGUGAGAUGAAGCUCCUCUAACCUAAAACUUUGAACAUAACGGACCACUGCACACUCUCCCUGUCCAAGAAGAAGCAUCAGUUGUAGCUGUGAUGGUGUUUUCUGGGACAACAAGUGUGAGACGUGUGCGAAGCAGGAAAACUGGUGUCCAAAACACCGAAUAUCGAAAACCGAGCGGGUGGGAAGUUCAGCACAAGUGUCAAAUUCGGGGUCGAUUAGCAAAGACAGCUCAUCAGGCUCACAGUCUGGAUAGUGAAUGUUACUUUGAAUGAAUUUUGCAAUAAGUUCUGCGCUGUACAGGCGACAUUUGAGUGUGACGCCGCGUGUUACAGUUUGAUUCCACACACUGCAGCAGCCGGGACGAGUUGAAACGAUAAAUAAUGCUCUUGUUUGAGAUUUUGUUUACGUUAUUUUGGUACUUAAUUGCUUUAUUAUAUACAUAUACACACACACACACACAUAUACGUAUAUGU